GCCCCGAAUUUUCUCUAAUCGGCCUCUACAGACCAAGCUCAUGACUCACAAUGGUCUAUUUAGGCCCAUACCCUACCUCACGGCAGUCUCCGCGGAUGAGGCUACUGCCUCACAACAGCCUCCACUGGCCCAGCUCCAUCAUUACAACGGCCUCUUUAGACCCAGCUCCUGCCUCCCAGUCUUCUCUCCAGGCCCAGAACUUUCUCAAGUUGACCUCACCAGACCCAGCUCCUGCCCAUCUUCUGACUCCCGGCAGCCUGUACAGACGCAGCUCCUGCCUUACAAUGGCCUCUUUAGUCCCAGCUCCUGCCUCUUUGCAGGAGGCCCAACAGGACUCAAGUCCAGGCCACAAAAUCCAGGCCCAAAAUGUCCACAAGACAGCCUCUGA